AAACCAUGGAUUACAACGAAAGUCACCGAGAUGCUUGGAGUGGAAGAUGAUGUCCUCAUCGAGUUCAUCUUUAACCAAUUGGAAGAAGAAAUUGUUUGAUUAAAUAUUCGCUCACACAUCUCCUCCCCUCCGAUGCGAUCGAUGCAAGCGCCCCAUAUAAAUUCGGGCGGAAAGUGAGAAGGUUUCGUAGCCCAUCAGCGGAAAGGGUAAAAGAAAGUCUGCAGGUUCAUCGAGGAUAUCUAUCUGUCUUUCACACACGCAUCCUGACCCGAAAGACAUGCAGAUCAACCUGACGGGAUUCCUCAAUGCCAAGAAUGCCCUGGCUUUCAUGACGGAACUGUGGGAACUGCUCACCAGUGCUCAGGAGAACAUCGCCGGCAUACCAGCUCCGUUUCUUGAACAGAAGAAAGAGGAAAUCAAGAAGAGACAGCAAGAGCAAGAGCGGAUCCAGGCGGAGCUGAGCAAGCUGAAGGAAGGCACAGAGGUCCAGGGUGAUGGAGACAGGACAGAGAAGAGACGAGGAGACAAAGACGAGAAGGAAGAUGUCAAUGGAAGUGGUGACAAGAAAUCUCCAGAUGAAUCGAAGCCAGCACCGAGAUCAGCUAAAUGGGACUGGGAACCUCGCCCAGAGGGUAAGAAUGAUCCGUCAAAAGAUGACAAAGAAGGGGACAAUUCCCCACAUGCCUCUGCUGAUGGUGACGCUGACAGAGCCAAGGAUAAGGAGAAAUCCAGAUCCAAGUCGAGGUCCAGGUCUAGAUCCAGGUCUCAUUCUGGUACACCCCCUCCUAAGAUAGAAGACAAAGGAACGCCAUCUCCACCUCCUGUUGGGAUUGUGAAACCUGCAGAUAAAAGGAGAUCUAAGGAUGAUGAGAAGGAUAGCAGUGAUGAUGAACAAAGGAGAAAGAGACGAACUUCAUCUCCAGACAGACACAGACGAAAGAGAAGUGCCGACCGGAGACGAAGGUCAAGAAGUAGAUCAAGAUCACGACACAGGUCAUCUCCACGACGACGUGAUAAGAGGUCAAGGUCUAGAUCUCGCUCCAGGGAUAGGAGGAGGGACCGACGAUCCAGGUCUCGUUCUAGGGACAGGCGUAGGGAUUUCAGAAGGAGGUCUAGAUCAAGAUCAAGACAACGACGGAGAUCACCUAGCCCCCGCAGAAGAUCACCACCACCACGUCGGAGAUCACCAAGGAGAUCACCUGAGCGACGGCGUAGACCGUCUCCCCCACGCAGGUUAAGAAGGUCCCCUAGGCGGAGUAGGUCACCAAAGAGGGGACCUAGGCGUCGUUCACCGUCCACCUCUCCAUCCGGGAGCUCAUCUGGAAGCUCGCGCUCUCGCUCCCGAUCUCCACUAAGGAAAUCCAAGGUGGGGUCAAAGAAAAGACCUUCCCCAUCUCCAGUGAAGAAGGAAACCAAGAGAGGUCGAUCAUCAUCAAGUGGUUCAUCUAGGUCUCCUUCUCCUAAGAUGAAAGAUGAGAAGAUUGAGGAUAAGAAACGAGAUGAUUCUAUGUCCCCUCCUCCCAAAGAUUCUACUAAGAAGAAGGAUGAUGAUUCCAGUGAUGAUGAUAAGAAGGGCAAGGAUCACUCAAGCAGUGAUGAAGAGGACACAAAACCAUCUCCAGUGAAACAAAGCCGUUUCCCUAAACGUCAGUACCGACGCCGCUCACCAUCCAACUCGUCCGAUUCAGAUUCAGAAGAUGAGAAAGACAAAAAGAAGAGAAAGAAUUCAAGGUCACGCUCCCGCUCUCCAGAUGAUCGCAGGAGAAGACGGUCACCACCAAGACGUAGGAGAUCACCUUCUCCCCGUCGUCGAUCCCCUCCAAGAAGAUACAGCCCACCGAGACGCCGCCGAUCACCUCCAAGGCGCUCUCCACGUCGAUCACCACCAAGGCGGCGUAGAAGUCCAACUCCUGACAGACGGAGGCGUAGUCCUGAGAGACGCAGAAGGAGCCCAACACCAGACAGAAGACGGCGUCGUUCCCCAACACCUGAAAGGAGAAGACGACGUAGCCCUACACCCGAAAGACGCAGACGUAGUCCAACACCUGAAAGACGCAGGCGCAGUCCAACACCUGAAAGACGCAAACGCAGUCCAACUCCAGAGAGGCGAAGGAGAAGCCCUUCUCCAGAAAGGCGAAGACGAAGCCCCACCCCUGAAAAGAGGAGGCGUAGCCCAACCCCAGAGAAGCGGAAUAGGAGUCCAAGUCCUCGCAAGAGGUCUGCAGAUGGUCGAAGGACAAGUCAAAGUCCUGACAGACGGAGGCGAGUAUCUUCCCCCGACAUUAGGAAAAGAACCUCAUCUGCUGAAAAACCACGCCGUAGCAGAUCACCAAAACAUCGUCGUAGCAUGACUCCUGAGGACUCUAAAUCAAGAAGGCAAAGUCCUCCAAGGGGAAAGCGUGAUGAUGCUUCUCCAGAUGAGAGACGCAAGUCCCGCAAGAAAGCUGUCUCAGAUGACAGCUCUGCAGAGAGCAGUGCAGAUGAGAAAGAACAGUUGAGGAAAGGCCGGGACAGCUCCCGACAAAGUCUUGAAAAUCUGAGAGUCAAAGAAAGGAAGCAAGACAGUGAUGAAGAUAGCGACAGUCCGAGUCCACCAAGGAAGAAAGAGAGGCGUAGGAGAGACUUAUCAAGGGGUGAUUCAUCAGAUAAUGCGUCCCCAGAGAAGAGACCAAGACCAAGUCAGGAGCAGCAAGACGAUGACAGCGAUUUCUCCCCAUCACCUCCCCCGAGAAAACAACCAUCUCCAGAACCAAUGUCUCCAAAACGCAAGGAUAGAGGUGGCGAGAAGAAGAAAAAGAAGAAGAGAGAAAAAGCUGAUAGUGAUGAUGAGAGUGAAGACGAUAGAAAGAUGGAUGUUGACCAAGAGAAGGAAAGUCCAAAGGUAAAGAAAAGCAAGAAAAGAGGAUCAGUAGAGGUGACAUCUGAAGAGUCAGAGAAUGAGGUAGAAGAACGUACUUCGAAAAAGAAAGAGAAGAAGGAGAAGAAGAAACACAAGAAACACAAAAAGCACAAGAAACAUAAGAAACACAAGAAGCAGAAGAAAGAAGAAAUGCAGGAAUCUGAGAGUGAUGGAGAGGAAAAAGAACGUCUUCUUCGAGAGCGAGCACUGAUGUCCAUGAGCAAGAGACAAUCGACAGAUUAGGAGCUUUUCUUUAAAAUAUCAGACAAGUUAAUUAGAUUUUAAUGAAUAAUUUUGUACAUUAUAUUCCAUGUUUCACCCCCAAAUAAUGAUUGCUUUUCCUUUUUAUUGUACACAUUGAAUGAAAUCAAAUUCCAUUCCACCUAUUUUUGUUGGUCAAAAGAUGAUAUGGUUUGGUCAAUUUGGAAAGGGAGGAGCCCUGUGUUAUGAAUGAAUCAGGUUGUUGUGCAGUGACUUACAUGGCACUCAAGAACAGAGAGUGAUGUAUUGUCACAUGACAUAGGAA